CAGUUGACAGGAAACGUCAGACCUUCGCGCUCGGCGACCAAUCAGGGACGGAGGAGGGCGGUCUCAACGCUCCAUUAUCCCACGUGACCCUCCUCAGUAGUUCCCAGGCGGUCACAUCGGCGAGCCGGAGCAGACGAUGAAUCAACGGGUCGGGUUAUUCGUUCUUCUGGCAGCGGGCCUCCUCUGCCUCACUUUGGUCCCCGUGUCUCGGGCCGAGGACCUGGUCGAGGAUGGUCUGGGUGACGACAUGGACGUGGAGGAUGAGGAGCUGGAUCUGAGUCUGGGCGGAGCCGAGGAGGAGGAAGAUGAGCUGGACGUGGACAUGCAGGACGAGGAGCCGCCUGCGCCCAAAACUCCUCCUGCACCAAAGGUGACCUACAAGGCUCCAGAGCCGAUGGGUGAACACUACAUCGCUGAAUCCUUUGACCGGGGAACUCUUGACGGCUGGGUGCUGUCCAUGGCCAAGAAGGAGGACGCCGAUGAGGACAUCGCCAAGUAUGACGGUAAAUGGUCCGUGGAGGAGAUGAGGGACAGUAAGCUGCCCGGUGAUAAAGGUCUGGUCCUGAAGUCUCGAGCCAAACAUCACGCCAUCUCUGCCCAGCUCCUGCGACCUUUCACCUUUGACACCAAGCCGCUCAUCAUCCAGUACGAGGUGAACUUCCAGUCUGGCAUUGAUUGCGGCGGCGCCUACGUGAAGCUGCUGACUCAGACUCCUGAUCUGGACCUGGACCAGCUGACGGAUAAGACUCCGUACACCAUCAUGUUCGGACCAGACAAGUGUGGAGAGGAUUACAAGCUGCACUUCAUCUUCAGACACAAAAAUCCCAAAACCGGAGAGUAUGAAGAGAAACACGCCAAGAAGCCCGACGCAGACCUCAGGACCUACUUCACCGACAAGAAGACUCACCUGUACACGCUGGUGGUGAACCCUGAUAACACCUACGAGGUGCUGGUGGAUCAGACUGUGGUGAACAGCGGCAGCCUGCUGGCAGACAUGACGCCUGCUGUGAAUCCCACCGCUGAGAUCGAGGACCCCGAUGACCAGAAACCUGAAGACUGGGACGAGAGAGCGAAGAUCCAGGACCCCACCGCCACCAAACCUGAAGACUGGGACGAGGACGCUCCCAGCCAGGUCGCGGAUGAGGACGCAGUGAAACCAGACGGCUGGCUGGACGACGAGCCCGAGUACAUCGGAGACCCCGACGCCGUCAAACCUGAAGACUGGGACGAGGACAUGGACGGAGAGUGGGAGGCUCCUCAGAUCCCUAACCCCGCCUGUGAGACCGCCCCCGGCUGCGGCGCCUGGAAGAGACCGAUGAUCGACAACCCCAACUACAAGGGCAAGUGGAAGCCCCCCAUGAUCGACAACCCCAACUACCAGGGCGUGUGGAAGCCCAGGAAGAUCGCCAAUCCGGCGUUCUUCGAGGACCUGCAGCCGUAUAAGAUGACUCCCUUCAGUGCCAUCGGGCUCGAGCUCUGGUCCAUGACCUCCGACAUCUUCUUCGACAACUUCUUCAUCACAGACGACAGAAACACAGCCGAGCGCUGGACCACGGACGGCUGGGGGCUGAAGAAGGCUGCAGAGGGCGCUGCUGAGCCCGGUCUGGCUACACAGAUGCUGAACGCUGCAGAGGAGCGUCCAUGGCUGUGGGUCGUCUACGUCCUCACCGUGGCUCUACCGCUCGUCCUCAUCAUCGUCUUCUGCUGCACUGGAAAGAAGAAGAGCCCAGCUACGCCGGCAGCAGAGUACAAGAAGACCGACGAAGCUCAGCCGGACGUGAAGGAGGAGGAGGAAGAAGAGGGAGAAGAGGAGGAGGAGAAGGCUGAAGAGGCAGAGAAGAGCAGUCCAGCUGCAGAAGAGAAGAGUGACGGAGAGGAAAGUCCUGCAGAGAAAGAGGAAGAGGAAGAGGAAGCAGACAAGGAGGAAGAGAAGGAUGCGUCAGCUGAUGAUAAGUCGGAGGACGACGUUCUGCGGAGAUCUCCCAGGAACAGGAAGGUCAGAAAGGACUGAAAGCUCUGACUCCACAGCCCUGAAACCCCUCCCCCUCCCUCCCUCCCCUCUAGAUUAUCUCCCCCGCCUCCCCUCCUCUUCCUCUCCUCCUCUGCUCCGAGGCGAUGAAGCCUGAAUGGAACCCGUUUGAAGCAGUGAAGCCUGCAGGAAACCAAUCAAGACCUCCGAUAUGGACGCCUGAUGAUGAUGAUGAUGAUGAAGACGAAGAUGAUGAUGAUGAUGAUGAUUCCAGUACGAACAGGACUGAGUUAGUGAGAUUUAUUAAAAGGAUUUUUGUUUCUGAAAGAGAUUAACUAAAACUUCCUGCAUCAUUCCUUAACAACACCUGAGAAGACUCAAACGCACCAGAUCCACGUGUCCGGUCUCGUCUGACGCACCGCUCGAUGCCCGACGCCAUCCUGAGCUAGCACGUGCCCCGCCCAACCAACAGCCUGCUAACUAGCUCUCUGCAACGUAACACUUAUCCUCCUGGCAGACUGAUAUUUGAAAACCUCCAGCUCAGCUAGCCGGCCUGAAAUCUGAGGAUAACUGAUAGCAUUACCUUCAGAUAAUCCAAGACUCCGCCCCCCUGAAGUCUAACCUGUUAGUCUGUUCAAUUAGUCCCCUUAAAGGCUGGACACUUACCUUUAACAGUAACUUGGUGACCACCCUGCUUGUUUCUGCUAACAAUAAGGGGCUAGUUAUGUUACAUUAGUUGAAAUCACACAGUAAGCUAUGCUAACAAACAGGCAAGGGAAUCAAACUGAAGGUGUGCUAAUGAGCUAGGUUAAUACAUGAUGUGCUCAUCUCUGGGCAGGCUGAUGAAUCGGAUAGCUGACGAUCUGAGGUAGCCACCUUCCUACUAGAAUCGGCAUCUCUGCUAGCACUACAAGUUAGCUAACCAACUAGCUUUCACACAUGGUGACAAACUGUCUCAGAGUCUUCUCCUAAAGGCUAAAGGGUUAUCAAGAGUAAGGCUAAUAAGCCCUCCGACUAUUAACUGCAUAUAAAGAUGGAGGACAUGUCUGUGUACAGAAGUGAAGCCAAAAUAUCCUCAAUGGCCGGCCGCACUGCACAUCUGGAGUCAGAGUGCCAGGGUACUGAUGUCCCUCUCCUUCCUCCAUCCAAACCCACCUUUACCUUGUUACUAAAGCGUCAUCGCUCCCUCGGGUAGGUCCAGUCCACAGCAGAACAGGUUCUUGUCUGGGUUUGAAGCAGACGUUGAUAAUGGAAGAGGAUUAGGGCCACUGAAGUCCAACACCUAUUCUCAGAAUUCUGUUUUUAAGAUCAAAGGGUGAACUCUAGAAUCCAAGAUGGAGUUCUAAGGUCAAAGGCAGAGUUCUAGAAUUCUGGCUGUGAUGUCAGAGUUCUAGAAUUCUGGCUGUGAUGUCAGAGUUCUAGAAUUCUGGCUGUGAUGUCAGAGUUCUAGAAUUCUGGCUUUGUCAGAAUUCUGAGAGAAAAGUCAGAAUUAUUUUGAAAAGUUGGAUCCAAAUCUGACAUUUCCUUAGCCCCUCCCCUCUUUCCUGCUUUAUACCUCUUUUUAUAUCAAGUAACUAAUUUAAAGUAAACAGAAUCAUGGACACUGACAUAAAUCAGCUUGAUCAGGACAAACUGAUAAAAUUUAAUCUGUAUUCGGAUUUUAGAGUGUGACCCAUGUUCCAUCUGUCAACAUGGAGGAGGCGGGGUUUAUGACCUAUCCUUCAGCCAGUCACCAGGGGGAGCUGUAGAUGUUUUGGCUUCACUUUUGAGGAGCUGUCAUGGCGUCUAUCUUCUCAUACAGCCUAUGCUUCCAACAUCUCUCUCUCUCUGUGUUUUCUCGGUGGUCAUUUUGUUCUCGCUCUCAUCCGGCUUGGAGUCCUCUAAUUAGCGUCACAGAGGGUUGCUAACAAACCACACAAUAUUGUAAUCUACUUACCAACAACUAGCUUUUUAGAGAAGCUAAUUCACGGACUAAUGGUUGUUUUAUUUUGUUUUGUUUUGUGGAUUAACCAUCUAGCAUCCUGGAGUUAGAGAUUAACCUCAGCUGACAUGUUAAAGAGAUGAAUUGGGAACACUCCGGCUGAUGGAAGCUUUCCUUCCUUCAUCAUGUCUCGUAUUCUGUCGUUCACGUGUGGAGCAGUCGGCUUUAUGUCAGAGAUGCUGGGACCAGUGUUUGUUGCGUUGUGGUCGUGGCUGCAGGGAGGGUCAGAGGUCAGCACGGUGCAUGUAACCCUGACUUUAAUCUGAGGGAAGGUGACCGGCGGCAGCAGCAGAUGAACUUCAGACACGUUUGAAAUAAGAGGUCUUAACUUCAACAUCUCCUCUCCCAGUCUUUACCUCUCAGUGAUUUUAUUGAUCCAAACAAACCUGAUACGAGCUCUUCUCACUCUUGACGUCCUCCCUUAAACUAGUCCCUGAGUUUAGACUCUCAGGAGCAUUCGAACCGAGGCUCUUAGAGAGUCUCUCUGCUUUGGUAGAUGAUUUUCAGCAUCUUCAUCCUCUUCCGCUGGAUUUCUUGGUGAUUUUUUUUGGUCCAAACAAACACGACAGCAGCUCUUUUCACUUCUUCCAUCCUCCCUUCCAGUUGUUUGUUGUCAGAGUUUCCCCUGAGUUUAGUCUCUCAGGUAGAAUCAACUUACGACUCGGCAACGGAAACGCAAUGUUUAAUAAUGAAAUCCUUCCUCUGACCUGGUGCUUUAAGGACAAAGGGUUACAGAGGACCUCUCUUUCUUAAAGUAGCUGCACCUGAACCUUCCUUUUGUAACAUAUUUACACCUUUUUGUACAUUAAAUUUCAACACCUUCAGCAUAAAUCCACCAAAAAUCAUGAAGCAGCUCAUUUUAGAGUUUGCGCCCUGAGUUCAGACUCUCCGGCUCACACUAACAGGAUUCUUCCCAUUAAAACAGUCCGAUGAGAUGCCUCAUUGUAGGUGUUUAGAACUUCUAUAAAAAGAUCUAAUAUAUGACGUCACACUUUGUGCUUCUGAAAUAUAUCAACCCUCUCCUUUUCGUGAAACUCCGAUCUUUCCGAACGAGCUGCUGUCGUGUUGGUGUGGACCCCCCGGUGGUGUCAGCAGGUGGACGGACACCCAGUCCCUCUUUCGUCGACCCCAUAUGUAAAGAAAAAGGCACUAAGGGAAAAACUCAGGCGCUUAACCUCACAACCUGUCCACCUGCGGCACCACAGAACCUCCACCAAUCAGACGCCUGGAUCCUGAAUCCAUGUCAGAUUAGACCCCCAUGUUUAAAGAGAUGGCACUUCAGCGUCUGAACACCCCUAACCUCCAAUACGUCUUUGUAUCACCAAAUAAUCUCACCUGGAGUCCGAUCGGGAGUGUUUCCGAGCUUUCAGCCACGCGUCGGGGUCGCCAUCGGGAGGUGACGACGUCCGUUUGAUGACGGGCUGAAAGUUCAGAACGUAAUGAAAUCAAUAAAGUGAAGAAGACGAAAGAGAGAGUGUCGUACCAGCAGUCACCACAGGUGACGCCAUAAUCAACCAGAAGUUAGAUCUGUAUUAAAUCUGAACCUGUUCAUCGUCGUCUGUUUGCUGCUGCCCGACAUCUUCCACUUACAUUAAAGUGAAUAUUGGUGAUGUAGCAGACACGCCGACCGUCCCUCUGGCGCCACCAUCAGGACAGAAAUCCCAGUUUUCUCUUAAAGUCUCUGAAGGAUUUCGUGAUCAUCUGGAAACACGUGAGGAGCGUUUCCCCGCACAGGUGUGAAUGGGGGUUCUUGUUCUUGGUCCAGGUAAAGACGGUGAAGCAGAGUAACGUCUGAAAUCAAACUUUUUAUUUGUGACUCUGGAGAACUGAAGUGUGUGUCCAUGAUGUCUUUGUCUCUAAACGUCUGUCUCUCUGUGGGUCGUGAUGUCGGGAUUGGCGAAUGAGCCAUCUCUGCUGGGUUUGGAACAAGUGGGCGGGGAUAAAGCAUGAUGUCAUAUGUUUGUCUUUGGUUGUGGGUGUGUUCAGAUUUUUGGGCCUUCCUGCUUCCGUGUCAGGUGACCUCUAACCUUUGAUUUCCCUCCCUCUCUUUGACUCAAGCUAGUAAAGUUUUCCGCUGCGUUGACUUCCUGUCUCUAAAGUCGGCAGCGUCACAUUCCCGUCGAGGAAGACUCCGCCGGCUCUUCAUGGUCUCUUUUUUUUUUUAUUUGUAGUCAGUUUCUCGUCGUCUCUGCUCGUGCGUCAGGUUGAAGCUGCCUAGCUAAGCUAAGCUAACAGACUGUAGACUGAACACUGUACCUGCUGGUGAAACUUUACAUGACUCUGUAACUCUGUACUUUUUAUUUGACUGUGUUUGAACUAAACUAAACGGUUGGCCCAGCCUGUUUCUGAUGUACACACUCUGUAGGGGGUGGACCUGCUGACACAUACACACACAUACACACACACACCCACAUACACACACAUACACACAUAAACACACACAGGUCCAACUUUGAAUAGAAAAAACUGUGAUGGAGCCUCGCGUGUGUUUGUAGACAUGCAGUCGAUUUUGUUUUGAUGAAUAAAAAGGCCAAAUGGAAACUGAA